UAGGUAGUUUUGUGAGUAAUGUUAAAGAAGAUGUAAGUGAUGGCAUCUGGUGUGCCAGUAAUGGUGUACCGGUGGUGGUAUGGAUUAUAUAGGUGGUGAGGUAAAUGUGCCAGAGAGACUAUACAAUACUAUCAGCAUGAGGAAAGAACUGGUGGGCCUGUGGCUGUUUCUUGUUAUUCUGAAGGAAAGUAUAUCGGAAUCCAUACAUCGGCAUGGUGUUUAUGGUUUCAUAGAAUCUCCGGGAUUUCCAAAUGACUACCCUAAUCACGCCAACAUCACGUGGGAAACUUUUGGACCGAUCGAUGCCAUUUCUCUGACGGUGACCAUUCUACAUUUCGACCUCUACUCCGUCCCCGGAUCUCAAUGCUCGGACAAACUGACGAUUACAGAAGUGGAGACUAACUCCGCUGUUUUCAACGGAUGUGAAACUUUACCUCCCACAAAGUUCAUUGUACUCGGCAAUAAAAUCGUGUUCACGUUUAGAACUGAUGGUGAAAAUACUGCAAAAGGCUUCAAGAUUCGAUGGGAAGUCAGGGACUACAAAGAAAAGGGCAAGGAUCCCAUCGUCAAAGUACUAGUUUGUCCGGAAUCUACCUCCACUUCCGGUUCUCCUCUCUCCACGGAAACAGGCACUAAAAAUAGAACAGGAGAUGUGGAUGUUCUCCACUGCCGGACCUCAACCAUGAAUUUUGUGAAAGAUGGCAUUAUUGGAGUUCUUGCUGUGGCGCUUAUUGUCAUUACCACAGCUUUCUUUCGUCAAAGAUCCUCUUCAAAAAGAAAAAUAGACUAUUCAGUCAUCAAUAGAAAUUCAUCUGAACUUUCUCCGCUGGAAUAUGAAAUGAGAACUGUGUAUGACCAUCCAGUCGUACUGACAGGUGAAACUGAGAAUUAUCUGGGGAGCAUGACAUCGUCUGGGUAUGCAAUACCGAGGCAGUGGCCGCUAGAAGGACAUGGACCUUCAAUAUAUAGUAAUAUAUCCAUGGUAAGCUCCUCCCAUUCAUACACUGAUGUUGAAGUGAACGACCAAUCAGAACAGGGCUCCCUGUAUCUUAACAAAUCAAAGACUGAAAGUUCUAGAGAACGAGCUGGUCGUUUAAAAUACAAGAGGAACAAAACCAGAAGACUCGGGGACAGCGACUACUUCAAUUGUACUCCUAAACUACAUUCAUAUAUUGAGGUGGUAGGUGAUGGAACGCUCCCAAUGACGUCAUCAGGGAGUUCUAAAGAAAAGGAAAAUACAGUUAAACAAUUGAUAACAAUCCUCGAAAAGCAAACCAGGCGCACGGUACAGAUUGUUACACAUUAGUUCAAAUUGUAUUGUUUUCAACUACUUAGUGAUGUCGCUCGACCUGCGAUACGAAUUCAACUGUCUGUCACAUUAUAAUGUAUCUAUGAAUUAAAGCAUUGUAAUUGA